AUGGGCAGAGAAUUUUAUCUAGACCAGAUAAUCGAUUUUUCUUCAGGUAUUUUUAUUUUUGUUGUUGUUCUGGCCUCGACUGGAGCAACUUCCAUCGUAAAAGACGAUCACUCAUCGUCUUCAGCUGCUGCCGGAGGUGCUAAAUCAAAAUCAAGCUCGAUGAGUUCGUCCGAAGAAGUUUCAUGGAUUUCAUGGUUCUGUGGUCUUCGUGGAAAUGAAUUUUUCUGUGAGGUGGAUGAAGAUUAUAUACAAGAUAAAUUUAAUUUAACGGGCCUCAAUGAACAAGUACCACAUUAUAGACAGGCACUUGAUAUGAUACUUGAUCUUGAGCCAGACGAUGAACUUGAUAAUCAAGAAAAUCCGAAUCAAUCAGAUCUGAUUGAACAAGCUGCUGAGAUGCUUUAUGGUCUUAUACACGCACGUUAUAUUCUUACUAAUAAUGGUAUAGCGCAAAUGCUUGAGAAAUUCCAAAAUGGUGAUUUUGGUCUAUGCCCUCGCAUAUAUUGUGACAAUCAACCAAUGUUACCGAUUGGUUUAUCAGAAGUUCCUGGUGAAGCCAUGGUGAAAUUAUAUUGCCCAAAAUGUAUGGAUGUUUAUACACCAAAAAGUUCCCGUCAUCAUCAUACUGAUGGAGCUUAUUUUAGUACAGGUUUUCCUCAUAUGCUCUUUAUGGUUCAUCCUGAAUAUCGUCCUAAACGACCAACAAAUCAAUUUGUUGCUCGACUUUAUGGAUUUAAAAUUCAUUCCAUGGCAUAUCAAUUGCAAUAUCAAGCAGCAGCUAAUUUUAAACAAACGAAUACAAGUUCAGUCGUUCCAAGUGCUGCCGUCGGUGGUAGUGCUACAACAACAACAACAACAACAGUAGCAGCAGCAGCAACCACUGCAGCAACGGCAACAACAGCAGCGGCAACAACAGCUCGACCAUUGAUUAAAGAUUGA